GGGCCAAAAUCUGGUGUAACAUAUAUUUGUACAUUGGGUCAACUAAUGUUCGGCGAAUCCGUCCCAGCAUCUUGGACUGUACUGGCCGGUGUGAACCUAACUACUAACGCUGUGUCGAAACUUAUAAAUGUUUGUGUCAUUGCUGAGGAAUACGAUGACGAACAACAACGAAUAAUUGAAUUCCCCCUCUUCAUUAUUUUGAAUUUUAAUCCUGUGCAUAUAAUUUCUUUUCUUCCUUUACGCCGCUAUAGACUCAGCAAACAUGUCACGAGCACACAAGCGUAGCGCCUCCAUAGAUUCAACAAUCAUCCCACGAAUACACAAGCCUAGCACCGCUCUAGUCGAAAAAAUUUCUUACGAAGACCAUGAUUCAUUUCUGCUUCCCAUCUAUACUUAUUUCGCAGAAUACAAAGAUCAUCGAGACAAACUUCGCAUGAGACAAAUUUAUUGGAUUCCAACGAUUCGUGGUGAGUCGCAAGGCAAUGGAGUAGUAUUUCUAAGCAUGAAAUACAAAGAAAUGGCCGAUGGAAAGCCGUUUCCCAAACCAAAGGAAGGGUUGAGACCAAUGUUUCAUAUCCAGUCAAGAAAUCGAGGACGACUUUUCGAGUUGAUAGAGAAACUAUAUGAUGGCAAAAGCGACGGGAACGAAAAUGAUGAAGACCAUCAGGUCAGAACAAAUCAUUUGGCUUUUCUUGAUCUUCUGAAGGAACACAAUGUAAUCAAGGAUAGUUAUGAAACCUCAAAAACUUACUUUCAGAAAGAAUUUGAAAAAGAGUGUAAAAAUAUGCGCGAGACAGUGAGGAAUAUCAAAGCCGCACAGCCAAAAGCUAUCAGUCCGAAUCAGAAAAAAGAGAGGAAACCACACCUUGUGCCCCGUGGUAAACUUUAGGAGAGAUGUGAUAGUGUGUGAAGAAGACAAAACCCCUUGAUUUAGAGGAUGUUAUAUGAUAGGACGACCCGGGUAGGAAACAAAGUGCUGAAACGUGGGAAGCACAAGUUCAGAGAAAUGCUUGUGAUCGUGUUUCCACUAGCUGCUUCAAGUGGAUAUUGUGAGAGAGCACCCAAAUAGUUUUCA